CGAGUGGGAGAGAGAAACGGGGCGGGGUGAAGGAGAAGGGGCGGGACGUUACAAGAAAAAAGUCGUCAGAAGCCGCCGACACGUAAAGACGGAUGAUGAGGCAGCCGCAGUCAGCCUCGUCCCGGAGGAUUUAAACGGAUAUCUGGGGCAGCUGUACUCCUCCCUGCCUACGCUUUCAAUGGCACAUCCAAACGUGGACGGACAUCGGGACAGCAAAGAGACGACACCCCUGAACGGGGACGAGGCCACUCCGUCCGUGUCAAGGUGCCACAAUGACUACCGCAAGCUGUCCAUCGCCAGCAUCAUCUGCGGCCUUUCCUGUUUGGGCAUCAUGGCCCUCAUCAACUCGGUCAAGGCUCAGGAGAAGCGGACGUCGGACCCUGAACUGGCCGAGCAGUGUGCACUCAAGGCCCGCAAGUUCAGCCUGCUGGCCAUCGUGCUGUGGGUGGCCAUUCUGGUGCUGGUCCCUACUCUGAUGACUGUGGUGUCCUACCUUUUAACUUUCAUCGACUGACCACCCGAGCGUCACACAUGGACAGUGGGCUCUUUCGCACCUUUUGUAAAUUAUUUAUCCUGUAAAUAAGCACUUUUUUCUAUAUUCAUGUAUUUUAUUACAUAUUUUUGUAAUUGUUAGUAAAAAAAUAUUCUAAAAAGUUUAUAAAAAUAAUCUAAAAACACACAGGCUCUGGCUGGGAUGGGUCUUAGAAGCAAAGCAAAAAACAAAGGUCCUUUUACACCGACCACCCGUGAAGGCCCACCAGAGUGUCACUAAUACACGUGACUUUAUGUUAUUACGUUA